CUCAAAAAAUGCUAUUAGUCAAAAUAUACAAAAUAUAAUAUAAUGGCUAAGAAUAUUGUUAAUAACAACAUGAACAAUAUUUUGAGAGCAAAAUUGUUGCCAUUAAUAGGUAUGGUGGCAACAAUAUUGGCAUGUGUUGUGGCUUCUUCCGAAUAUGCUGAAGCGUCUUCGGAACAAGCUGCCGAAUCUCCUGAGACACUUAAGCCCGAGGAUGUAACGAAAAUGGAUGAUUAUCAGCUGAAGGCGUUUGCGCAAGAGCUUAUGUCCGGAGAAGCCAACGCGCAUUCAUUAGAAAACCACAACGAGUCUCCGGACGGGGCUUCUGCCAAUGACGCGGCAAAGAAAGAUGACGCUCAGAUGAAGGCGUUUGCACAAGAAAUGUUAGCCGGAGACCCAGGCGCCAGUGGUGGGGCCGGGGGUAAUGCCGCAGACGCUGCCAAAGGGAAAGGGGCGUUCGAAGGCGUGUUUAACAAUGCCUUUUACACGGGAGGCGGUGCGGGGAACGGCGACUUCCCAAACACCGGGUACGACGCGAGCGCGUGUUGGUACCGGUGUGCCUCGAAGGGAAUCCAAUAUUGCGGGACCGUGCGGUCGGAGUUCUUGCGGAAGGCUUGCCUCCAUGCCUCCGGGAAAGGGUGCAAUAUUUAUUGUGGCAAUCAAAUAAGUCAAGUCAAUCAACGUUGGUAAUCAUACAACACAUUUUCCUAAAAAUUCCAAAUAAAUGAACACAUAUACUCUUACAAAAGAACAUGUUGUUUUAGAAUGAAUGUCUCUGAUAAAA